AUGACCGUGCAUGCACAUCUCCUAGUGAGCCAUCGGUCAUCUACAACACACACCAUGGCGAAGAAAAAGAAGUUGGACGACGGAAAAGCCCAGGAAAUGCCCGAGUCGGGAGAUGAAAACGAAGAGGAAGAUGAGGACGACGGCCAGGGACUUACGUCGUUACUGGGCAACAACGCCAGUGGAGAAAUGACCAACCAGGAAAUGGAGGCCGAAAAGCUGCGGAUUCUCAUGAAGAACUUCGACACCGAGCAGAUGAACCGAUACGAGGUCUUUCGACGAGCUAACAUCAACCGGCCCGGUGUGAAAAAGCUCGCCAACGCUGUUCUCAACCAGAGUAUCACCGCCAACGUCGCGGUGGUACUGUCAGGUAUCUCCAAGGUGUUUAUUGGAGAGAUCAUCGAGAAGGCCAAGGACGUGCAACUGCGGAUGAACCCGCGAUAUGAGGGAGACGACACUUACGAAAACGCGUCGCCUCUGUUGCCAGAACAUGUGCGGGAGGCCUGGAGAAUGUACAAGUUGGAAAGUGGACAGGUUCCCAAUGCUCAUUGGAGACGACAGGGAGGAGGAGGAGAUGGACGCAUGUUUAGAUAG